GAUCUGCUAUGUAUCGUUCACCAGAUGCUUUUGUCCCUUGGUGGGUCUCCGUCUGGAUCGUUCAAACGCCACUACUCUUUCUUGUCAUUUCUAUGAUUGCAUUCUCCACUGGUUUGGUAUGCUUCACCUUUGCCAACUUCAGCUCUACCCCUUUCAUCCCUAUUGCGAUCGCAGUGUGUACAUCAAUCUCGUCUGUUGCUCUUCUCGCUGUGGGCCUUUGGUUUGCAGGAGAACGUCAUGCUUUCGGCGUAUCAAAAGGCAAGAAGUGGCUUAGCGAAAUGUUAAAAGAGGCGCGGGUUUAUCAUUAUAUCGCCAUCCCCUGCAGAUGGACCAAGCAUGCGCUGCUAAGCGUCAUUGCUCUCUUACGACGGCUGCGAAGGCGGGGCACAGAUUCACUGUCGGUUGAUUCGGAUUCGGUCGUGCAGGAAAUUGGUAGCGAUAUUGAGUCGGGCACCUCUAUGACCCCGUACACUGGGACGUCAGCACAAGGCUCUAUUGGAUCUCGCCUUUCUGUUGUCCCAUUGUCGCACACACCAUCACUCGUUAAGAAAGUAACGCACCUUGAUUCUGACGUUCAAGCAGAGUCCCAAAAUCUAGCCCCUGGAGUCUCAAACGGGUCUUUGCAAUCAGUGAUUGACCCUACAUUUCCAGAAGAGUCACUUCAGCCCAAGGCGAAAAAGGAGUCAACAAAUAUGUUCUCAUCGGCUCUACAAGUCACAACCCCGAUGCCACCCGCCCGCAAAGGAAAACUUAAGGAGGUGGCCAGUAAGGUUUUGAAAAUUAAACGUGUCCUUUCUAUCCUCCGUCCCAGUUUUGCUCCAUUACCGAGUCCUACCUCAAAUGACCUGGAAGCUGGGCUGCUCAAUUUGGAUAUCCCGCGCAAUCCUGUUGUACUGCCUUCACAAAUGAAGAAAUCGAGGCGGCUAACUGCCAUACUUUCCGUGAUCACCUCUCUCAAGCCCAUCCAUGAGCUGCCUUUGCAACCCGCAACCAUCAAGCACUUGAAAUUCAGUCCCGAUGGGGAAUAUCUCGCCACGUCUUCUGGUGCACAAACCGUGGUCAUCUGGAAGCUGGAAGAUGAGAUCUCAAUCCACCAUAAACUCAUUCACCAGGAAAACCGGGUUGCUCAUGUGGCAUGGUCACCCGAUGGGGAAUAUAUGCUCACAAGGUUGACACGCUGUGUAUAUGUAUGGUUACCGAAGGAUGGGUUAGUCUUUAAGACAAUAGACCGAGGUCAAACUAUUCAGUGGGUGGCAUGGAUGCCUAACAGUGUUGAAUUCGUCACAGUGGAGGGGAAGCUUAUACGAAGGCUUUCCAUCAACGGAAACGUCUUAGGGAAAUUUGAGCCAAGCUCACUUUUACCUCAACAAGUUGUCGUUGUUCCGGAUGAAGAAAGGCUUCUUGUUGUAACGACUCUGGAAGUCACUCACGAAGGACGGAAGCCAUCAAAAUCUCGCGUUCAAAAAAGGAUUCUUUUAUACAAUAUGCGGACCGGAGAAAUUGAGCACAAAGUCCCCAUUCUCAAUGAUGUUCGCCACCUAGUGAUUUCUCGUUCCGGUUCCCUUGUCCUGGUUAGCUAUCAUCGUAAGGCCGACCCUCAACUUUUCAGACUUAACGUCUUCCGUGAUGAUCGCGCACAUCUUUCCCUCGUUCAUACUUACCACACUCAUGACGAGAUGGAUGCUGGUGGUUCAUGCCAGCUCGGCCGCGUACGUACGGAAGAUGAAGGUUUAGACUGGCAUGUGGUUGUAUGUGCGAGGAAAGGUGGGGAUAUCCUCUUCUGGGAUCGUGAAACAUCGAAACUUCUACAUUCGAUUCCGGCUAAAAACCCAGCACCAGAAUUCAAUACAAUCGCAUGGAAUUGUGGGAGUAGCAACCGACCAAUGUUCGCAACCGCCUCCCGAGAUCGUGCCGUCCAUAUUUGGGCCGUGCCCAAAAAUGCGGGGCAAGGACUGGAGCUUAACCUUUUUCCUUUAUCAUCUCCACCCAACCAACAGACCUCCCCUUUGAUUUCAACCUCGAUACCAGACAAUGGUCCUCCGGCAUCGACGGCGGAGCCUAGUCCUGUGAGUUAUGACCCGGGACUUGGGGCCGGGAGCUCAAAAGUACACUUUGACGCAAGGACCUCACCUCGUUCUGAUGAUAAAAUUCUCGAUAUCUUCUAGUCUAAGCAAUGAAUGAAACCCUUCUAUCAGAUGUGCAGAAACAUUCUGGUUUGAUACUAUGUAAACGACUUCGGUUUCGGUGUUCUCGUGUAACCACUGUCAGUGGGCCUUCUCUCCAAGUUGUUUGCGGGACUGUGGAGUAACAAUUAAGUUCUAUGAACUCGCCAAAUCCUUCCAUCCCUGACACUUCUUUGUGCCUCUUUGGUUGAUGUUUGUUCUUAUAUUAU